AAGGUGCCUCGCUUCCUCAACUGGUGCCAGGGAGCAGAGCUGUGUCAUCCGGAUGGACACCUGCGAAUCGGCCUCACACCCAGCGAUAAGAUUGCCCUCUCGCUGCACUGUGAUGAGCGCGACACAGCCAGCCGAUCCUGGCUUAAUAUUCAAGCCGGGAAGGGUAAUGCGGCCGCAUCGUAUCUCCUGGCCCGGAUCCUCCAGGCCGAUGUCGCUCGUCAGCGGUCAAUGAGUUGGUACAAACGGAAGGCAAUGCAACAAGAAAUCUUCCACCACCUCUCCACCGCCGCCAACAUAAAACACGCAAUGGCCCAGCUCCAUCUGGCUGAGUGCUAUCUCGAUGGGGUUGGAGUCGGCCAAGACCAUGCCAAGGCAUCCGAACUGUAUCGCAGACUUGCAGACGACGGGAUCCCUCAAGCCCAAGUCGCGAUUGGUCGAUGCUAUGAGAAUGGCGGAUGUGUCGAACAAAGCUACGAGACUGCCAUCGAGUGGUAUUCCAAGGCCGCCGAACAAGGACAUGAAGAUGGCCGUCUUCAUAUCAUAUUCCUCCGCGGAUGGUUCUCAUUCAUCGGCCACGGAGUCGAGCAGAGCGACGUUGAUGCCUUGAGCCACUGGCACGAGGUCAGCAGCAAGUCCGCCGAUCCAGUCAUCAAGCCCAUCGCCACCCAUAUGGUUGGGUGGAUGUAUUACCUCGGCCGUGGUACCCAACAGGACAGGCAGAGAGGAGUCAAAGCCAUCCGAGAGAGCAAGUCGAUUGAGUUCAAGCUCGGCGAGAACGAGUGCCUGCGAGCCUGUUGGAGCAACAUCAAGUCCGGCUCUGCUGCCUCCCGCAAGCUCUUCGAGCUGUGUCGGUUGGGAUCGAAUCGAGACUGGCUUUGCAAUCAUCUCAUGAUUGUGUGUCAGUUCCUUGGAUUCGGAACCACAGAGAAUCGAAAGGAGGCGGUCGGUAUAUUUGAGCAGCUUGCAAACGAAGGCCACAGCGACAGCCAGUUCUGGGUCGGAGUGUGCUACUUGUGUGGCUGUGGGGUAUUGACCGACAACGAGAAAGCAUUCGAGUGGCUCGGCAAGUCGGCACACCAAGGCAACCCGUACGGGCAGCUGAUGGUCGGUGUGAGCUAUUAUAACGGCCGCGGGACUACCCAAGACUACAUCAAGGCAGCCGAGUGGUUCCAAAAAUCAGCCGAGCAGGGCAAUCAAAAUGGCUGGGGUGUUGAAAGUGAUAUCGACAUUGCCGUCUUCUGGUUCCGCAAGUCCGCUGACCAGGGAAACCAAAAUGGCAUCCGUAGCCUCCGGGAACUCGGCAGGUGGCCCUGAUUCCUGAGCCAUACCCGAGUGCCACCUCCGACAUCGGCACUGUAUCUGGCAUUGCACUGCUCCAUAAAUACAGUCUCGCUGUCCCAUAACGACCGAGAAUGUCGACCGA